AUGAAGCAGAGUGCUCUUCUGCUCACAGAUAGUGAUUUUGUGCCGGUGGGUGCAGCUCUGUCUGCAAUCAGAGGAUUUCAAGAUCUUGGAGAGGAUGACUUGCUCGUAAUUACUCGAGCAUUACAACUAAGUAAUGUCUUCUACCUAAUCUAUCCGAUACUUGUCCAGAUUUUUCUUUUCUCCUACUAGUUUGCAUUAUAAAUUUCAACUGGAUCUUAAUGGUUACAUCUUAACAUCUUUUUACUGAGCAGGCUCAAUCUUUUCAUUUCUCCUUAUUUUUUUGGAAUAAGGAAUCAUUACCAAAAAAAUAAAGUGCUCCAACAUAAAUUUUGCCCUUUUUCCCCAAAUAAUGUUGUGCACAUUGAUCUUACUUCACAGAACUUCAUGCUUUCAACCAGAUUUUGAUGACUUUUAUUUGGCAUCAUGAUGAUAGCAAGCACUGUACCAGGGAACUGUUUCUCUAGGUCCUAAGCUGAACCCAGAUAGUGGUGAUGAUGAUUGAUGAUCUUGAUAUAUUCAUUUUACCUCUCUGCGUGUCACUUAGAAAAGCUGUCUCACCAGCUAUGUAUAGUCGAGUUCACAAGCAAGCUGUGGCGUGAAUUGAAUCCAUAAUCUCUCUUGUUUCUGACUGUAACAGCAGGACAGCUGCCGUUUGAGCCAGCAUCCUUGAGCGUCAUCGUGUUCGCUUCAAAAUCACUUGAGCUUCCUGGGGAGCAAUGGUUUGAAGACGUCAUCAGAGUACUGAAGCCAGGGGGAACGAUCGUCAUACAGACUUUUCUUCCAGUAGCAGAUCAUGGAGACAAGGUGGGGGCGGAUUCUAUCCUAUGUCUGCUCUUCAGUUGUGCGAUGAAACCUGUCACCUGUUUGAGAUAUAUAUGCUUUCUUGCAGCCAAGUUCUGCUCUAGAACGAAAGCUGCUCUUUGCAGGGUUUCUGGAAGUGCAUCUGAUCGACAUGAAGUCGGUCCUGCAACCCGAAGACACUACUCUGCUUCUCACAGUGAGUGGGGGGGUGUCAAAGAAGUUUAUCUACCCUGGAGUUUUCCUUUCCCCACCGUGCUCUCUCUUUGGUAAUUACAGUUAAAAAAAAAUGGAAAUUUCUGCAGAUGAAGGCCAAGAAGGCAUCUUGGGUGGUGGGUUCAUCGUUCUCUCUGAAGAAGAGGGUUUUGCCCAAAAUCCAGAUCGAGGAUGAGUUGGAUUUGAUCGACGAGGACAGCCUCCUGACUGAAGAGGAUCUGAAGAAGCCAGAGCUCCCCCCUGGUGAGAUGAAUGAUUUGGUGGCUACUCAUCAACGUUGUUUGUUCCCUCCCCCCAUCCGCCGCCUCCAAUCUCUUCUUGAGCCCAUAUCUUCUUAUCUAUCAUCUGCUGUUUUCCCCUGCAGUUGGAGAUUGCGAGGUUGGGAGCACCCGGAAAGCCUGCAAGAACUGCACCUGCGGUCGUGCUGAGGAAGAGCAGAAGGUGCAGAAGUUGGCCCUGACCUCCGAGCUGCUGGAUAACCCCAAGUCAGCCUGCGGCAGUGUAAGGCUUCCCUUCACAUAUAUAGAUAUAUAUAUAUUAUACAUAAACGUGUAUUUAUUCGAUCUCAAAUUCACCAUAAUAAGUAUUUAUAUAAUUUAUUUAUUUACAUUUAUCAUUUCCCCUCCGAGAUGUAUGAGAUCCCAUGAUUUUGCAGUGCGGUCUGGGAGAUGCAUUCCGGUGUGGGACUUGCCCCUACCGAGGUCUCCCCCCAUUCCAGCUCGGGGAAAAGGUAAUGGCGGAAGCGGGUGCCCCCCUGAGCUCUCAGAUGACUCGGGAAGAGAGGGAAGUUCUUCUUUCGCAGUACUUAAAAAAAAAAUGCCGUCUCCCUUCUGUGCAGGUCUCUCUAUCUGGGAGCUUUCUUGCAGCCGAUAUUUGA